AUGGCGUGUCCUUUCAUUGAUGAGGUGGUGGAUGAGGGAGCGAUAAUCAUACGCAGGGCAUUUCAAAGAGAGCGUACUUUCAGGGACAGGGCAGACCCGUUGGCUUUUUCUGACUACUACCUGCAUGAGCGGUAUAGAUUCUCGAGGGAAGGGAUAGCAUAUAUUUGCAGAUUACUACUGAGCCCACACAUCGCAAAUAGCACACGGCGCAAUAAAGCGCUCACAGUCCCGCAGACUGUGUGCAUUGCACUUUGCUUUUUUGCCAGCGGAACAUUUUUGUACACAGUUGGAGAUGCAGAGAACAUCAGCAAAGCAUCGGUUUGCCGCUCUGUACGAAUUGUGUACCUGUCUUUAAAAAAAUUACUCAAUGUGUUCAUCACCUUCCCUGGCCACAGAGCGAUUCACAGUAUUAAACAAGCCUUUUAUGGAAUCGCUGCUUUCCCAAAUGUUAUCGGAGCUCUGGACUGCACCCACGUGCGCAUAAAGUGCCCGUCUGGUCCGCAUGAAGCAGACUUCGUUAAUAGGAAAUCAUUACACAGCAUCAAUGUACAGAUGAUUUGUGAUGCAGACUGCAUCAUCACAAAUGUAGAGGCAAAAUGGCCUGGCUCAGUGCAUGAUUCCAGAAUCUUUCAGGCCUCUUCUCUUUCCCACCAACUGGAGACGCAGACUGAGGCACAGCACAACUACAAUAUUGCCCAUGCACGCACAAGAGCUCGUAUAGAGAUGGCAUUUGGGCUCAUCAAGUCAAGGUUCCAGUGCCUGAAUUACCUCAGAGUGAUUCCACAAAGGGCAUGUGACAUUGUAGUUGCAUGUGUUGUGCUACAUAACAUUGCCUGCCUGAGGAGAGAGAGGCAACCAAGGAUGGUUGUAGAGCAAGACUGGGACAUUGAAGGCAUUUUUGAUGACAAUGAAAUAGGCAGGGUUAUAAGAGACAGUUAUGCCAAUAAUUAUUUUAGUUAA